UUGUUGAGGACGCUCGUUUUGUUUCCGUUCCGCGAUUAAACUUUUAAAACUCCUACUAAAAUUCCCAAAAGUACUCCACGAAAGUGAAAAUCCCCGAAUCAAGUGAAGAGAACUUUAGAACGAAUGGAUACCAAUCUAGGGCAUAAUAGGACUUUUGCCGAAAGAAGAAGGGCAUUAAUGAUGACUCCGGAAAGAUCGCUUCAAUUUAUUCAAUUAGUUAAAAACAGGGAAUGCCUGUGGAAAAGGACACAAAAUACAUAUAUUAACCGAUCCCACGUAGCGGAUGCGUGGAAGGAAGUGUCCAUGAAAAUGGGACUUCCCGUGGAAUUCCUUCAGCAGAAAUGGAAAUCGCUUAGCGGUUCCUUUCGGCAUGUUAGAGCUGUCCAUGACCGGAACAUGGCUGCAGCUUCCGAUCCCAGUACUGUACGGCCCCCAACCUGGUUUGCUUACGCACCGAUGCUGUUCCUUAACGAAAGCAACCGUAGCCAAAGGUUCCGACGCAGCAAGUCACUAACAGAAAAUAAACAGUCGUUUUGUCAGGUAAAAGCCGAAGCUAAUUCGACUGUCGAGGAACACGGUGAAAGCGAAGACGAACAGGAGGAGUCCGAAAUGCUUGCCGACGAAACUAAAUACUCGGAUGAGAUAGCAACAGCCAUUCCAAUCCCUGAAACGGAAGGGGCUGUGUUUGGGGCAUUAUUGGCUAGAAAAUUGGACAAUAUGUCGCCUAUUAGAAGAAAGCGAAUGAUACUUAAAUUCGAAAAAGAACUUCUGGCCGAGGAGGAAGCUCGAUUUGUGGAGAAAUAUGGGCCACUUUGAUAAAAAUGCCGUAGUAUUCCCAUCUCCAUGUUUUCUCUACUAUUUCUGUUCCUCUUCCUUAUCUUUGUACGAAUAGAUAUUAAUAUCCAAAUGUGUUGGAUAUCACUAAAAACAAGACUCUCUACGGAAAAACAAAUCGAUAUGCACGAGCUAUAAAUUCGUAUACCGUAUUCGUUUAAUUUGUGUAAAGGUCAAUGUAUGAUGUAUGCGUUAUUAUAAGAAAUCGGUAUGUUAAGAUAGUGUAGCUGACUGCAUUCCUUUCCGUUCGGCUAACUACGAAAUAUAAAAAUAUAUAGAACAGGAAAAAAAACGAAGAAAAAAGGAAUAGAAAGAAAUAAGGUA